CACAUCUAUUCAUUCUCGCAACUCGCAAACAACACGAUUUAGAGUGACGUUGCCAUUGACAUGAUUUUUCAGUUGAUUCUAUCUCAAGUUUAUUUCUAUACAACACAUCAGUUUUAUAUUAUUUAUUAAAUGAAAAUAGAAUGAUUGGACAUCAGAGUUCAUUUCACUAAUAUUUCUGUAAAUGCAGUGAUACGUGCAAGAAGGAAAAUUGAGGUGGCCGUGGGACUCGAAAAUGUUCCCACGUUCCCGCUUCGCAAGUGUGUGUUGCACGUGCGUGUGAAAUUCCUAACAAUAAGCGAGAAAAUGAACGCCCAAGGACAGGAACAUGGUCAUGCUGUGGUUGUGUGGGAGUGGGAAAAUCGUCACGGACGUUGGAGACCCUACAGUCCCGCAGUAUCCCAACACCUAGAAAGAGCAUAUUGCAAAAAGCUUACACGGGUCUUUCUUAAUGAUGCAGACCCUAAUUUGGAUAGGUAUUAUAUAAAUUUAAAGACUAAAAUGCAGUGUAGCGAAGAUGGAAAUGAAACACACAAUGUUAGAAGAAAGUUUUAUCUCCCAAAUUCACCGGCUGGAAAAGGAGCAAAAUGGGAGUGGGCUGGUGAUACGGAUGAUUGGCAUACAUAUGAUAUGGAAGUACAAUGUCUUGUAGAAGAAGCAUGGGCAAGGGGUGACAAAACUAUUGACAUUUCUAAGACCUACUUAGGUUUUCCAUACAUUAUAAACUUUUGCAAUUUAACUCAAGUACGUUGUUGUACUGGAUAUGUCAGACCAAUCCGACGCAUCCAGCAAGCCCCUUACCCUUUAGUUAAAGUUGCUUUGGAAGAGCUGCAGGUUAUUUCAGAAAAAAAAUCUGUGUGUGUUACUAUAAAGAGUACUACUACAAAAGUAGCACACAAAAAAUCAUCUACGGGAAACACAAAAAAGAGUAAUAAGAAGGGUAAAAAUGGUGAUACUGGCCCAUCAAAUAUAGCACGUGUUAUACUGAGCAAUUUUAACAUAUUUAGUAACAGACAUGGUAUAGAAAACAAUAGUUCAGUUACAACCAUCGAAUCUGGUCAAAAAAGGAAAACAUGGGAUAAUGUACUUGAUGUAGAUUCUAGCAGCACAAAGAGCGGCCGAAGACCUAGCGUUGACACAGUCUCCACUUAUUUGAGUCAUGAAAACCCGGUAGACUUAUUAGAUAGCAGUGUAGGAAGUGAUGAUGCAUUUAAGGAUUCUAUUCUAGGUAAUUCACUGAUCAUUUUUGUAUUAAUUUUAAUAUUAUAUAUAUUACACCAAUUAUUUUACAUACAUAUAGAUACAGAAUCGGAUGUUAUUUCUCAAUAUGUAAAAGUAGUAGAAAGCAACGACUCCGAUUCUUGUCCAGUAUGUCUUGGUAUUCCUGAGCCAUUAACUGUAGAGUUAACACGUUGUAAACAUAGAUUACAUUUAGCAUGCUUAAAUGCAAUGCUCAGUUGUCAGCAACAACCUAUGUACAUACAAUGUCCGGUCUGCCGAUUAAUUUAUGGAGAAAAAAGGGGGAACCAACCUCCUGGUACUAUGAACUGGACAAGAAUACCACGUGCAUUACCUGGUUUCCCAAAUAUAAAUACAAUUCAAAUUACUUAUGACAUUCCGUCAGGAAUCCAGGGAAGAGAGCAUCCCAAUCCUGGACAGGCAUACUAUGCUGUAGGUUUUCCUCGAGUAUGUUAUCUUCCAGAUAAUAAUCUAGGUCGAAGGGUUCUAAGACUACUACAAAUAGCUUUCGAGCGAAAACUAAUAUUCACAAUUGGACGAUCAGUGACCACUGGACGAGAAGAUGUAGUUACAUGGAAUGAAAUCCAUCACAAGACUGAACUGGGACCAUCAACUUCUGGCCAUGGCUACCCUGACACAAGUUACCUUGAAAGAACAUUGGCCGAAUUGGCAGCACAAGGAGUAACAGACGGGCAACCAAUGGCUACUCUGUAUCAAGAGUUGCAUUAAACAACAAUGUGUUUAUUUAGUGGUUUCAUUUGUGCGCAUGCAACAAUAUCAGGUGUACAUAGAUAUCUACUGCAAUUUUUUAGUAGUUAAUAAUAAUAAAAUAAUGCAAUAAUUGUCUAUGGUAUAAUUAGAAAGUUGUAUUAAUAAUUAAAUCAUAGUUUUUUGAAGAACAUAUUUUAAGAAUAAUCUCUUUUUCCUAAUAAAGGAAAUAAAGAAAUGAAA